AUGCCGACUAUGUGUGUAAUCUGCGGUGACAUUCAAAUUUCUUUUUUUUCGUCGAUCCACCACUGUGAGCAUUUAAAUUUUGAUUUUAGUAUCUACUCCUCAAUUUUAUUCAUUUUCAGUCUUACAUUGCCACAACGGAAAGAUACAAGGCGUGCGAAUUUUCGGCUAUUAUGGAUAUUAUCCGGUCACAAAAAUGAAGGUGGCUCCUCUUUCUGCAUGUUCAUUUUGCGAAAAGGCGUUUGAUUCUGAAUAUCUGUGAGUGUUAGGAUAUAGUGAAAAAUGCACAUACAAAUUUUUAGGUUCUUCACUCAUUUCUUAAUCAGCCAUCUUCCCACGGUGCAUGAAUACUACAAGAAGACGUGUGUAAACAUUUAUUCGCAUUUUGUUUUGCUUUGAGUUGUGCAUUGUAUACAUGCGAUCACAUCUUCCUAGACGAUCUCAUCUAUUGGCAAACUGGCCGUAAUCCCGUUAUAUUUCAGAUUUCCUUACAUUGACAACUACGACAGCGAAAUCACUUUUGAGUGCCGACAAGGGACAAUUGUGGUCCACAAUUUUUUUGAAAUCAAGGAACGAUACCCAAUAACUUGUUAUCGUUGGACUUGCAAUUUUGUUUGUAACAGCAUUUGUAUUAACGGAAACAGCAAUGGCUUUUUUGAUGCUCGCAAAUCGACGAACCGAAAAGAUGAAGAAAACAAAAGCACUAGAAAACCAUAGGCGGUUACCGACUUAUCUUCCCAACCUCUAAAAGUUUUCUCUAGAAAUUUCAUUUUGUACUUCAAAUCGUUCUCUUUUUUAAAUUCAGAGCAUUGCAUAUUCUUUUCCUGUUGCCACAAAACUUGUAAUUCAUUUGCUACGUUUGCAAAUCAUUAAAUUCCACAUCACAACUUGGUCGUGGGCCGCAUUUUCAAAGUUAAUAAAAUCCCGUCCUUUUUUUGUUAAUCUAUUUUGGUUGCACAUGCUCCUCCCCUUGCCGAUCUCGUCAACUAGGUAGCUCCCCCCUACUGCCCUCACACUCAUUCUGCCUGUUGCGUAACCUACCUCAAGCGACUUGUCUUCCUCUUUCUUCCGACCAGACGACAUGCUGUUGCGAGGCUGCUUUCAACCGAACAGUAAGCCGUUUUACGUUUGGAAAAAGUUAUCACGGUAGCGGAUGCUAUGCCACUCUAUCAAGAUACAGUGUUUAGUGGUGUAUCUAUAGAACAAGAUUAUCUAGGCUAUUCUAGGAGCACAAACCAGUAUUAGAACCAAAUUAUUUUAGCCAACAAUUCUACCAUGCCCUAUCACUCUGCCAGCGUUCCUCCCUCUUCCACCGAUUACAAAGAAACCGCUGGCAGCCGUCACCUUUGUGAAAAAAAGGAGUACGGCCAAAAUAUGAAGAUGCCAGUGGCUUCGUUAGCCAUCGAGGAGGCGGCUCAAUUCAUAAAGCGUCGCCUCCACUUACUAAACCUGGACCCUGAAUUCGAAAAGAGCAUUAAACAAAUGUACUCGACCAUCUUCAAGUGUCUGGACAUCCGCAUUGCAAGACACGUUUUGGCUAUUGCGACAUUUGAAAUGAAACCGGAAACGAUGUUCAAAAUGGAGCGUCUGCUCGAGGAGAACUACAUUGAACUGCUUCGCCAACCGGAGUGGAGUGUGACUUGGUCCAAACGUGAAUUUUCCUAAAUUUUAGACGUUAAAAUCAACGUUUUUGUGCUUACAGAUCCGGAAACUGUCGAUCACCCGAACUUUGCCGUAUUUCUGCAAAUCAAACUGAAGUCGGAUAUGGUGUACAAGAAGAAGUCACAUGGUUUGAAUUGUAACUUUGGCCGCAAAAAAAAUAGGAUAAAUGUUUCAGAAAUGUUCAUGAAAGCGUACGACUUUCUGAAGAAGCGCAUCAAGCAGCUGAAACAGCAAAAUCUGAAGAAAGACCAAGACAUCCGUGAAUUGUUCUAUGCGAUGCGGAUAGAGUUCAACGAGCAUGUGGCCCGAGAUGUUAGCGUUCUAUACUACUGUCGCUCCAUGCCCAUUGCUACAAACCACAUACACACCUAUCUUCUCGCUAAAUACGGCUUCAAAAACCAGCCAGCACAGCCAAUUAACGUCAAUACCACCUGGAAGCUCUUUGAAGGUACGGAUCACAAUGAAUUCCUUUUAAUUGAAGUAUAUUUCAGAUAAAGAAGUCAGCAAUCAUCCUUUCUACACCGAAUACCUCAUCGCUAAGCACGACACCAGCUCUCGCUAUUCAUUCAAUCUUCGUGAGUCGUUUUUAAAAAAAAACUUGUCAAAUGAAUCAUUUUUUUAGCUUACAAAUCCGCUGCCUUCAAAUGGAUUGACUUCCGCCGCACAUUCAAGGAAAACAACACGGCGCUGCCACCAAUUAUCCAAGACAUGUACGAGAUGUUGGAGAUGGAAAUGACCGCGAGACGCUCUUACGAUCUGUUCAUUCUCUCUCAAUUCCGAAUGGAUAUGGCGAAAGUGAAGCGAAUGGAGAUGUACCUCAGUGAGAAGUACAGAGACUACUUGCCAGAUGUCAACCAGGAUGGACUUCCUGCGUACUAUGCGAAAAAGCCUCAGUACUCCCAGAAGUGUGCUUUGUUGUAUGAGAUCAUCAACAUUUCCAACAUCCUUAACCCGGUGUACACAAAAAGUAAGGAUUUCUGCUCAUGAGUCUGCAUGCUCGAUUCUCUGCACCUUCAACUAAUUCUAGUUCAUGAAUGUCAUAAUGUUUCUCAAACACGUUUUUGAUGUUUUAGAAAUGGUCGACGAAAUUGGGAAAAUUCUGACUGAUCGCAAGCAAUCAUCGGACAAGCAUAGCCGCAGAGUCUGCCAAUUCAUCUUCGAUGAACCGACAGAGGAACGCGUCCGUGCCGUCUAUGCGCUGAAACACGUCGGUGGCUGGGAGGAGGUUCUGUACGAGUUCUACGGCGAGGAAAUCGACAUCUUCAGAAGCAGUCGCAAAUUCCACGGCUACCAAAUUGUUACCAACCUGUAA